AUGGAAGAUCACUAUUAUGUUAGUAGUCCUAGAAGAAUCCUAAUUUUUUCAGAGAGGAGAAGGGCAACUUUAUACUUUCAAGACCCUGAUGACAAAGCAUCCGGCGUCGGAGCGUCUGGAGAUCAUGGACUAAAAACUUCGAAAAUUUAUGGUUUUGUAGGGUCCAUUACAACUAUUGUGGCUACAGUUAUUUUCUUGGUAUGGGCAUACAUUCCUGAACUUUGUUUGCACUCAAUUGGGGUCUUUUACUAUCCCAAUGGGUACUGGGCAUUGACCAUUCCAACUUAUGCCACAGUUACAGUGGUACUAGCAUUUGCAUUAUACUUUGGCCUCAAGUUCUUGUCAACCCCUCCCCCAACUUCCUUGUCCUCAAUUUUUGAUGAAUUCAGCAGGGAACCUGCAGACUCUGAUCCUUUGACUAAGCAAGUUGAUCAGCCCAUUGAACCCAUAUCUGAUAUUGGUAGUAAUAAAAUAAACGUUCUCAUGUUAAACAAUAUAAAAUGACAGAUCCACCCGCAGACAAGGCUGUUCCCCUCAUGGACAUGUCUUCUUCUGGUUUGUUACGACUGAUAAAUGACCAUUACCCAGA